AUGACAGAUCUGACGCCCUUCAGCUCGUCCGAAGACCAGCUCGAGCUGCUUCGAGCGAUCGUCAAGUUUCGACCGGUCGGGACCAACAGGCACUUUGCCGUCUUGGCCAUCCAGCUCUAUCUGUCCGAGCAACUCAGCCGACCGAUCAAGACAGCCGACGUCUGGCACUCACUCAAGCAACUCUACGACCUCGAUGCUCUCAACGAGAUGGACGAUGAGGGAGACUCGUCUGACGUCGAGCCAGAGGAUUUCGACGACAAGAUCGACAUGCUCGAGGACGGCUACAGGGACGAGAUGGAAAGACGGCGGCUAGGCAGCUCACCCGCACCGAGCGAGCCUCGCGAGUCAGACAGAUCUCUCGCCAGUCUCUCCUUCCGCAAGAAACGCGGUGUCGCCCAUACGCGCUCAGAGUCUCCUGCUGUGCUGACUGACGAUGGCGAGGAAGGGACUGCCGAGACGGGAGGAACAGAGGAAGAGGAUGGAUCGGGUGAAGAGGAAGAUGAUUACGAAGAGAGCGCAUCGGGCACUUCGCGCAAACGAAAGGCUCGCUCAAAGUCGGCUUCUGCCAGCGGAAGAGGAACAUCGACCGGCAAGGUCAAGAAGGCUGCGAGGCCCAGAGUCAGAUCGAGCAAAUCUGCUCGCACACGUACAUGA